AUGGCCAAAUGUAAAGCAGAUGAUGCUGACCUCAGUGAUGAAGAUGAUGUCGCAGAGGUUUCGGCACCAGAAGCUACCAACAAGACCAAAGAUGAUGAGCAAAAGAAGGCUCACUUUGAGAAGAAGUACAAGGUGUCAGAGCACACCAAAGAAGAAGUUCUCGAUUCACAGCAUGCAGUCUGGCGUUUGAAAGUGUACAAACACUUUCAUCCACCAACAAUUGUGGUAGUUGACAGCAAAAUCAAGUACAAGUUUGUCUAUCAGACAAACCAAACCACUAAAUCGUGCUCAGUGGGGCAAUUCAACAAGUAA